CUGCUCUAUCCUAUGGCGUGUUUUCGUUGUACAACAAGCAAGGUCCGAACUCCGGCCAUUUUGUAAUAACACAAAGUCUCCUUUAAUAUUUGUCAAUUUUCAAUCGGUGUUUUCAAUGUGAAGAUCAAGUGGAAAAGUUUCGGUAAAAAUGCAAGAAAAUCAAUCAAUCGAUUACGAUUUGGAUAAAGUGUGCAGAUCUUGUCUAUCCGAAGAUGGAGAUAUGAAAAAUAUGUUUGAAUAUGAAGAGACUGAAACCACAAAUAAUAUUAAUGAAAUGAUGAUGGCUUGUGCCCAAGUACAGGUCAUCGAAAACGACGGAAUGCCUUCGAAGAUCUGCACCCAAUGCAUAACCCAACUCAACAGUUCUUUCACCUUCAAACAAAGAUGUGAGCGAAGCGAUGCAACCUUGAGAGACUACAUCACCCGGAAGCACCCCAACAUAAAACUGGCACCAGUUGUCAAACAAGAACUAUACGGUGAUGACUUCCAUUUACCCAUCAAACCCGAGAUCACAAUCGUCGAGAGCGAUCCACUGACUGAAAACUUCUACGAAGGUGGAGACAAUAAUUUUGAUAAUGAUUCUGACGGAGAGAUUAUUCUGAACCAUAAGAGGUCGAAGAGGACCAGGAGAGGAAAAGAUAAUACUUUUAGCAAUGUUAAGUUGAACAAAACCAAAUUGAGUCCUUUCGAAUGUGAUUAUUGUGAUAAAAUACUUGUAGAUGCUAAAGGCUUGACUUUGCAUACUCGUCUGCACACUGGAGAGCAUUUGAAACAUUGCGGGAUAUGCAACAGAGGUUUUGCAAAAAUGUCACACCUCAACCGACACAUAACAACAAUGCAUGCAGAUGACACGAUGGAAGUUAGUGAUUCGAAAGAAAUAAAAGAAGAACCCGACGAACAGAGUAGUAGUACCACUGCCAAUAUCGAGGAAGAAGCACCAGAAGAAGCGAUAACAGAGCCUGUUGUAGAAGAACCUAAGAAAAGUAGCGUCAAGAAAAAGUAUAAAUGCCAAUUUUGUACGGAAAGCUUUGAUGAAAGGAACCAACUCAGUUUACAUAUUGUAUCGCACAAGGAAAGCCCCAGAAAGCGAGGCAGGCCUUCGAAAAGAGACACCCAGCUCCGCAUACAGAAACAGAAGGAGCAAAAGCGUUUGGACAAAUUGCAAGAUUCGAAUGAAGGUUCACAGAAUCAAUCGAGCGAUGCAGAUUCGAGUAACGAUGAAGAUAAACCUCUGUCCGCUUUCAGAGACAUGAAAAACGACGUCAAAACCGAAAUUGAUGAACUGGCCGACGGAAACUGUACAAUGUGCGAUAGAGUUAUAACCAAUUUCGAUAAGCUGAGAGUUCAUUUGAGGAAACACACAGGUGAGAAAUUAGCCUCAUGCAAGAUUUGCGGCCAGAACUUCAUUCAGAAAUCUCAAUUAAAACGACAUUUAAUGACGCAUUGCAAUAUCAAUACUUAUCGAGGUGUCGAACUGAGACUUCGGCCUGAUUUGUUCAAAGGAGACUUUUCUGAAGACGGCAAGGAGGAACCGAUAUUGGAUACGGACACCCAGGAAACUUUGGUUGACAGAAUUAUGAGAUAUCUAACUGAGAAAGGCGCAGAGGGUGUUAAUAGAUUUAUUCAGGUUACAACGACAAGUGCCAUCGACAUGUUCACCGAAUCGGAGUCGUCGGAUAGCGAAAAUGAGCAGAAUGGUUCCACAACUUUAGCGAGUAAAAGAAGAUAUCAAUAUUGUUCGGUGUGCAAUGCAGCCUUUUUGAGAAGCGACCAUAUAAUAAGGCACAUGUCGACGCACGAUCCGAGCCAAUUCGAUGAUAAAUGCGAGGUCUGCGAAAGGGUCUUUCCGAAUAGGGACCUUUUGGAGAGACACAGGAGGUCGCAGUGCGAAAACGUCGAAAAGCAACAUAAAUGUAAAGUUUGUAAAGUUAAAUUCACAGAAGAGUCCACAUUACGCAAACACGAAACAAAACACACAAAUCCACCACCCAGUGUAUCAUUUGCCAGCCACAUCGACUCGAAUAAAUCGAAUUCCUCGAAAUUCAAAGAGCCCCGAGAGAAAUCAUUUCAGUGUUCAAUGUGUGAGAAAGCUUUCUAUCGAGCUGAACAUCUCGACAGGCAUACAAAAACACAUAUAAUCACAGAGAAGAAAUUUGAAUGUAACAUAUGCCAAAAGAAGUUUAACAGAAAAGAUAACUUGAGAUCCCAUCAACGUGUUCAUAAAGAGGAGAAGGAGGAUUGUGAUAAACAUCUGUGUGUUUAUUGUGGUCGAAGUUUCUCAAAUUCAUCAAAUCUUAUUGUUCACAUGAGACGACACACGGGAGAAAAACCUUAUAGAUGUGAUAUUUGUAAUAAAGGUUUUCCACGAUCAUCAGAUCUACAGUGCCAUAGAAGAACCCAUACAGGAGAAAAGCCUUGUUUGUGUACCAUAUGCGGAAAAGGUUUUUCGAGGUCCAACAAAUUGGUGAGACACAUGCGCAUUCACACAGGACAGCGGCCUUACAAAUGUACAUUCUGCGAUAGAGCCUUCACGCAGAGCAACGACUUGACUCUGCACAUUCGAAGACACACCGGUGACAAGCCUUAUGUCUGUGGCAUCUGUGGGGAUCGAUUCAUACAGGGUACUGCUCUACAAGCUCACAGAAGAAUGCAGGGCCAUUUCGAAGAACUGAAUCAGCCCACUCCGUUUGCAUCAAUAAGCUGUAAUAAUCCUAACAGGUACAACAAUCCAAAUCGAGUUAAUAGGAUAGGAGGUGCACCACCUAGUCCUCCUCCGAUUAUACCGCCACGUAUUAUAGUAACAUCUGCAAAUAACACAGGAAAUAAUACACAAGCUUUGCCUACAACCGCAUCGUCAAAAAUCACCCCCAACGUCUCAACAACGACGUCCGGCUUGAAUCUCAGUUCAUCUUCGACGUCCACCUCUUCGGCAUCUGCACAUCAGCAGCAGGCUGUCACCAAUCAAAGUGCUGGGGCACAGCCUCUGAUGGCACCAACCAUCAUUCGAAUGCAAUGAACAGCCUGAAUUCGAAUCACCAUCAUGCUGCCAGGGGACUGUUGAGCGGAUUUCCUAGCAGCUCCUACAUGCCGAAUGGGAGCAUGGUGGCGCCCUUUUUGGCAAACGCUAACGGACCUGCAGGUGUGCUGAUGCAAAAUCUUGAUGUCACAAAUGCUUUGGGAAAUAUUCCUCUGUUUUCGAUAUCACAGUACAAUCAAGGUUAUAACUAAGUAUGUAUAUUUAUAUAUUUAGUCGUACGACUGGCAAGCCGAAUGCAAAUAAGCGUGUAAGGUAACUAAUGUUAAUCUAAUUAUAUAUUCUAGUUUUAUAUUAUGAGCCUAUAUUUAUAAUUGAGUUAAGAUUAAAAACAUUUGAGAAUUGUGAUUGUAAAUCAAUUGCAAAAAUAUAAGUUAAAAAAAGCCUUUUGAAUUAUGAUAAG